AUGCAAGAGCAGCAGCUCAAACAACCACUUGUUGAAGUGCAAUUACCUUCCAAGGGACAUGCUCAACACUGCAAAAUGUGUGCAACAAUCUCUGGUGCUACAGCAGGAGCCGUUGGAGUGCUGGUGGGUCAGCCGUUCGAUACUCUUAAAGUCAGGCUGCAAGUUUCAGGAGCUAAGAGCGUGGCGAGCACAGAGACGAGGAGCUUCGUAAAGACAUUGGCAAUGUACUACAGGGGCUCAGGCCCCCCAGUCAUCUCCUCUGGCUUGGUGUCCUCGUUGAACUUCACAGGAUUCGAGGCGAUCAAACGCUUGUUUCAUCGUGAGGACAUGCAUAGAGCACCUCUCUUUGUCCAUUGGGUUUCGGGCUUUGGAGGUGCGAUCCCGGUUACUGUCAUCACGUGUCCAUCGCAGAACAUCAAAAUCCUUCAGCAAGCAGGCGAAGAAAGGUUGGGGAUGAUUGAAUGCUUGCGCAAGAUCUUCAAGACAUCCGGCUUGCGAGGGCUCUAUAGGGGAUACUGCAUCCACUCUAUUCUAGAAACUUUUGGUCGGGGUUGGUACAUGGUGACUUAUGAAACUGUGAAGCGCAGGCUUGAUGAUACCCCUGAGGUCCUUGGAGGUCAAAUUUCCCUCCACAGACGAAUGUUGGCGGGAGCAUGUGCAGGCAUGGCUGGUUGGAGCUCAAUCUAUCCGUUGGACGUCAUUCGGUCGAGGAUUAUGGCGCAGCCGCUGACUGAAAAAGAAAAGCUAGCAAAUCCGAAGAUGCUCUUCUCAAACAGUCUCGAUUGCAUCAUGAAAACUUAUAGCGAAGGAGGAAUCCCUAUCUUCUUCAGAGGGAUCGGAUUCUCACUCGUUCGGGCGGCACCGGUGGCAGCCUGCGUACUUCCAACCUACGAUCUUGCCUACAGCUGGCUGCAGUCUACCUUUGGAUCAUGA